ACCAUGUGGAUGUGACAAAUAACAUUUUAUUUGAAUUGUUAAGUUAAGACUAAUGUUAUAGUUACAAUAGUUAGUAUAAUAUAGAUGAUUGCUGACUAACAUUUGAUUCUCUUUCUUAGCUCUGAGAAGAACCAGACUAGAAUAUUUUUUGCAUAGCUAGCUAUAUCAGACUUGUGGGGAUUUUGACCUCCACCAGUGAACACCAUGUCCCCAAGGAAGAAGCUUGUCCCUGUCAGUAGAAGAAGAAUGGCCAAAGCAGGGGACGACUUCUUCCCUUUCAAUCUUCUGCCGGUGGAAUGCCAGCUCCCUGUGCUUUCCUCUGAGGUUGACAAGUGCAAUUCUGCGCUUGUAUGCUUCAGUUGGAGUUGCCUUGUGCGAUCAGGGAAGCUUUGGAGAGUGGCAGACUUUUCUCACCAUGGAGUGCUCAACCUUGGACAGGAAGGACUGCUGGUGUCCAACAGAGAGUUUGAGCUUUGGAAGGCAUGGUUUCACCACUACACCCACCACCUCAUAUCCUGUGGUGCAAGCCUACUCACCCUAAAAGCCAGCUUUGACCUGGGGGACCAGUGCAACAAGUGGGGGGAGCUUCUCUCUGACCUUCUAAAAAAUGUCCACUGCAGGGAUCUCCGCCAACUGGAAUUGAACUAGACAUUCACACUACUGGAGCCACUGAACCUGCGGGUUGGCUCCAUUUCCCACCACAACAACAUUACCAAGAUCACGAUGGACCAGUUCACUAAAUUUCAGGUACUACUGGGCAAACUGUCCCACAGCUGCCUUCGGAUCACCUAGAUGCGCCUGCAUUUUGACUGGUCUGAGACAUCAGUGUCACUCCUCACUCAGUUCCAGCACCUCCGUGUCCUUGAACUCAAGUACUUUUGGGUCUUCAAAGGGAGGAGCCCAAGCACUUUGCAGAUCCUGACCAAGUCACUGCCCAACCUUAAGUCCCUGACAUUGCAAUCUUACAUGCUGGAGUCCAUGUCUCUAGAGUUCCUGGAUGUAUCACCUAGUCGUGGUCUAGUCUUCUCCAGUCUUAAUCUGCCAGCAUUACGGGAGCUAAGGGCCAAAAAUAUUGCCCGUGGCAUUACUUUACGUCAAAACAGGCUUAGGAUACAGAGCAGGUGGCGUCUGUACCAGGUACUAAGAGAGGGGACCACCAAGCGACAGGCCCUCAACAAUGAGCGACUACUUCCUGAUUGGAGAGGGCAGAGUUCCAGAGAACUAUCAUCUAUCCUCCAGCAGUCCUGUUAUUGCCUCCAACACCUGGACAGUUGGCUCUGGUAAACGAAAUGCUCAGGCUCCAAUCCAAUGUUAGCUGGAACAUUUUAGCUCAUUCCCUCACCAUUCCAUUGCACAAAAUUAUUGUGCAUUUGAUUUUUGAUCCUUAUUUAAAAUCCUUAUUUAACCUGUCUUCUCCCCUUCCAUCUACAUUGAUUGAAGUGCAUUUAACAAGUGACCUCAAUAAGGGAUCAUGGCUUUCACCUGGAUUCACCUGCUCAUUCUAUGUCAAGGAAGGAACAGGUGUCCUUAAUGUUUUGUAUACUCUGUGUAUUUUAUUUCACCUUUUAUUUAACC